CGUAAAUCUUCCCCCGCCAGCAGAGGAGCAGGAAACGAGGCACUCAGUAGCGGUGAAUUUUGUUUUUCUCGAAGAGUCCCUCUCCUGGAUAGUUCACUGUUCCACUAGCAGCCGUCUCUCCUCUCACCAUGCCUCGCAUUGAGAACGACAUCAAGCUGGACUUCAAGGAUGUGCUCCUCCGGCCCAAGCGCAGCACCCUCAAGUCUCGGAGCGAGGUGGACCUGAUGAGGAGCUUCACCUUCAGGAACUCUAAAGGCAGCUACAGGGGGAUUCCCAUCAUCGCCGCUAACAUGGACACCGUGGGGACCUUCGAGAUGGCUCUGGCUCUGCACAACUUUUCUGUCUUCACGACCAUUCACAAACACUACUCCGUGGACGAGUGGGUGGAGUUUGCAGCCAAGCAUCCUGAAUGCGCAGAGAGCGUCGCGGUCAGCACCGGCACCGGCGACACCGACUUCGACCGCAUCUCGUCCAUCCUGACGGCCGUGCCCAUGAUCAAGUACAUCUGCGUGGACGUGGCCAACGGCUACUCCGAGCACUUCGUCCACUUCGUGCGGGACGUCAGGGAGAAGUUCCCGUCUCACACCAUCAUGGCGGGAAACGUGGUGACGGGGGAGAUGGUGGAGGAGCUGAUCCUCGCCGGGGCCGACAUCAUCAAAGUGGGCAUCGGACCAGGCUCCGUGUGCACCACCCGCAAGAAGACGGGCGUGGGUUACCCCCAGCUCAGCGCCGUGAUCGAGUGUGCGGACGCGGCACACGGCCUGGGCGGACACAUCAUCUCUGAUGGAGGAUGCACAUGCCCCGGGGACGUCUCCAAGGCUUUCGGAGCCGGGGCGGACUUCGUCAUGCUGGGCGGGAUGCUGGCCGGCCACAUGGAAAGUGGCGGCGAGAUCAUCGAGAAAAACGGCAAGAAAUUCAAGCUGUUCUACGGGAUGAGCUCGGACACGGCCAUGAAGAAACACGCGGGGGGCGUGGCCGACUACAGGGCGUCCGAGGGGAAGACUGUGGAGGUUCCCUACAAAGGCCCGGUGGACGAGACGAUUCGAGACAUCCUGGGAGGGGUCCGAUCCACCUGCACCUACGUCGGCGCCGCCAAACUGAAGGAGCUGAGCCGCCGGACCACUUUCAUCCGGGUCACCCAGCAGCUCAACACGGUGUUCGGCAGCGACAGCUGAAGCAGCUCCAGCUGGAAGGAAGUCUGCAACACACUGCCUGUCCCGCUCCCACAUGGUGUUAAUGCUUGAUUCUGUUUAAGCAAGAGUGGUGACCGCACACCUGAUUAUCUUUCUACCCCUUCAUUAUGCAGUUUUUUUUUGUUUGUUUUUUUGCAACCCAAUCCCCAAAAAAAAGAAAUUGUCACACACUCACAUUCAUACAAAUUGGUCAUUUAAACCUCAAACACUGGCAAUAACAUGCAAACUCCACACAGACGGGAUUCAAACCAAUGGUUAGCACUCAUAACUCAUAGUGAAAUAUCUCCAGCUCGGAGUUUGCAUGUUCUACCUGAACUUGUGGAGGUGUGUUUGGGAUGGUUUGAGGAAAGCGGAGUACCUGGGGGGAAAAAAAAAAAAAAAACUCAUGCAAGCACAGUGAGAACGUGCAAACACCUGAGGAAGAUGUGAACACACAACC